GUUUUGUUUUUCUUUGGAGGAGUAUUUAUUAGUAUGUACCAAAUUCGCUUGUCUUACAAUUCAAUGGGCAUCGACUUCACGGCCAAGUAGUUGUAUAAAAGAACCAACUAUACCAUAUGCUUGUUGGAGGAAAAGAAAACAGUUCAUAAUCUCUCUUGCUUUUCCUGAUUUUUCUGUUGUCUGUAGUAAAAUCCAUCUGGGUUUCUCCUAGUUUUGGUUUUUUCGUUCUUUUUUGUUGCUGUGAUCCAAAAUGCCGACCAAUAACUUGCUGCUUGAAGAACCCAUAAGGAUGGUUUCAAUACUUGAGCCUUCAAAGCCUACUUUCUUUCCAGCAAUGGCAAAGAUUGUUGGGACUCUUGGUCCGAAAUCACGAAGUGUUGAUAUAAUUUCUGGCUGCUUGAAGGCUGGAAUGUCAGUGGCAAGGUUUGAUUUUUCUUGGGGUGAUACUGAAUAUCACCAAGAGACAUUGGACAAUUUGAAGACAGCUGUCAAGAAUACCAAGAAGCUUUGUGCUGUUAUGCUGGACACAGUGGGUCCAGAGUUGCAGGUGGUUAACAAAACUGAUCGCCCAAUUUCCCUUGAAGCAGAUACUUUGGUUGUCCUAACACCAGAUCAAGAAAAGGAAGCCUCCUCUAAUCUGCUACCCAUUAAUUUUAGUGGUCUGUCAAAGGCUGUGAAGAAGGGGGACACUAUUUUUAUUGGGCAAUAUCUGUUUACAGGAAGUGAAACUACUUCUGUGUGGUUAGAGGUGACAGAGGUGACUGGUGAGGAUGUGGUUUGCCUGAUAAAAAAUUCUGCUACCUUGUCUGGGCAAUUGUAUACUUUGCAUGUCUCUCAAAUCCAUAUCGAUCUGCCAACUCUGACUGAGAAGGAUAAGGAGGUCAUUAGCACGUGGGGUGUCAACAAUAAUAUUGACUUCCUCUCGUUGUCAUACACUCGACAUGCUGAAGAUAUUCGUCAUGCCCGCAAUUUUCUUUCUAAAUUGGGUGAUCUUAAUCAAACUCAAGUUUUUGCAAAGAUCGAAAAUGUAGAGGGGUUAAAUCAUUUUGAUGAGAUUUUACGUGAAGCUGAUGGAAUUAUACUUUCUCGUGGAAAUCUGGGGAUAGAUCUCCCACCAGAGAAGGUAUUUUUGUUUCAAAAGGCUGCUGUUUACAAGUGCAACAUGGCUGGAAAACCUGCAGUGGUUACUCGUGUUGUGGACAGUAUGACUGACAACUUGAGACCUACUCGUGCUGAAGCAACUGAUGUAGCCAAUGCAAUAUUGGAUGGAAGUGAUGCAAUUCUUCUAGGUGCAGAAACCUUACGGGGACUGUACCCUGUAGAAACCAUUUCUACUGUUGGGAAGAUUUGUGCCGAGGCAGAGAAGGUGUUCAAUCAUGAUUUUUACUUCAAGAAAGCUGUCAAACAUGUAGGAGAGCCAAUGACUCAUUUGGAAUCUAUUGCUUCGUCAGCGGUACGAGCAGCCAUCAAGGUGAAGGCUUCAGUGAUUAUUUGCUUCACUUCGUCUGGAAGAGCUGCAAGGUUGAUUGCAAAGUACAGGCCAGCAAUGCCUGUGAUAUCAGUUGUUAUCCCACGGCUUAAGACUAAUCAACUGCGUUGGACUUUCACUGGAGCUUUCGAGGUAUUUUUCUGAUUAAUUAUUUAUGGA